GGAGGCCUUUCAAAAAUGGUGGUGGUGAGGGCUGAGCUGCUAGGGCUAAGCACAAUGAAGAGAAUUAGGAUGGUGGUUUUGUCUCUGUGGGGCUAUGAGGAUUCCUGGCUCAGGAGUUUUGCUCGCUCUCUUCUGAUGGUCAUUGGUUUUCUCUUCUUGGGCUGUGCAGUAGCUCUGGCCUUCGGUGGAUUUUUUGUGAUCCUGUUGUGCAAGAACUACCAACACUUCUUUCAGGAGACUUUCUUGUCUCUCCCUGGCUGGCUGGCUGUUGUAGCUGCGCUUGUCCUGCUACCUACGGGUAUUUUGGCUGUUUCUAUUUCUACAAAGAGCUCCCGCUAUCAGCAAGGGGCUUUCAUGCACUUGCUGCUUAUCCUUCUUUGUCUUCAAGUGUCUUCAGCAGUUUUGGCACAACUCUAUUCUAUUCGGAUGGCAACUGAGCUGAAGAGCACGAUGGGUCACCUAUUCUAUGAGUAUAAUGGGACGCACUCCCAGGCUCCUGGCAGCAGGGCUGUGGAUGUGGUCCAGAAGAGACUGUGGUGCUGUGGAGUCCAAAACUACACAGACUGGCUAAAGACAGUGUCUGGUUCUUGGCAUCUUCUGGCUGAAAAAGCUCGUGUCCCUGGGAGCUGUUGUAAGGAGAAGUAUUCGGUUUGCAGGGGUGAAUUGCACCAUCUGGAGCAGCUUUUUCAAGAGGGCUGUUUAAGGAAGCUGGAGGACCGAUUGCAUUUUGCCAUGCUCUAUUUGUUUUGUUGCUGUACUGUGCUACUUGUCUUAGAGCUGUUGGCUGGUGCCAGCAACGGCAUCCUCAUGAGGCAUCAGCCUUUCCACAACCUCCGAAUUCUGGACUCAUCUACCUUCUGAUCGCAUUGUGGGCACUGGCAGCACUGCCUAACCUGCUGAAGGGUUUCUUGCUCCUGUUCCAUGUGGUAGUUGCAUUGAAAGAAAACUUUAAAAAUAGUUGCAAAUAAACCU